AUGUGGAGACAGAAACCAAAAUAUCGAAGAAACAAUAGUUUAGAUGUGAGUGGAAGCCGCAAGGAGGUUUAUAUGGCGACGGAAACUACGUCUGACAGUCUUUUUCACAUUCAGGAGAAUGUUUCAAAAGGACUAUGUGACGAGGAGUAUCAAUACUGCGAUGUAACAGAAGAUUCAUUGCUUGUAGAAAGAGAUUGUAAACUUCAUCGGAAUAAAUGUCUUUCUGAAGUCACAACAUUGCCAAGAAACUCCGUUUCUAACAAGUUAAAGGCGUCUCAUGGACUGAACCUGCAAGGUGCCGCUAGCAAUGGAAAUUCAACUUUUCAAGCCAAUUUUGAAGAUGUGGAAAACGAAGAAAGCGCUUUAGGUUUAGUUUCCUUUUCUUCGAAUAUAGCCGGCGACGCAGUUUCAUCUGAGUUCAAAAACCAAACUUAUGGUGGUAGCAAAUUGCAGUCGAAAACUGUUGUGGAUGACAAACAACAAUCAAACAAUUCAAAACACUUUAACCUAAAACCAGAUGGAAGCAGUCCCCAGCCAGGAGCUUUACCAUUUCUAUAUAAAUCGCACCAAAAUAAGCCAAGAAAUUUAGGUGAAAGAAAACAGCUAGCCAGAGGAAAAGAACCCAAAACUCACGAUUCUAACAUUGGAAUCGUGAGUGGCAAGAAACUGUCAUAUUCACUUCCUCCUGAAUUUUGCAAUUUGCGACACUUCCUUCCACUGCUUACGCUAAGUCAGUGUGCUGAUUAUGACUCGGCUGUAAUCGAAGCUGUUCGGGACUACAAUGACCCAUGCACUGGUGCAAACACACAAAUCUAUUCACCGUAUUGA